CUGGACUUUGCCCUCCACAGCCCUGCGACACAGCCCCUACUCGACGUCAUCUUCUCAAACAAGAGGCUUCAAAACCCCGAUGAAUUCUUCUUCCAGACCAUAGCAUUUAACCCGCACAUCCGCGCCCCUGGUGCCUGCUUGUACACUUCAAUGCCGUCUGAGCUGAGUAUGGGAUAUCCAGCAAGGUAUGUCAUCUGGUCUCAGCAGAUGUCCUUCUGUCCGACAAAGUAUGUUCGGUGGGUUUGCAUCCUCGGCAGCCCACAUGUGCCUGAACUCCGCCGAACCUUUCAUCUCUUUGCGAACAAAAUGCAUGCUGACUACUAUCCCGAGGCCUACGACUGCAUGGAACAGUGGUAUUUUACGCGCCUACAGCGUGAGUGGAAAAUAGGUCACGUGGACUGGGAGGCUUUCCAGCCGUGGGCCUAUAGAUUCUUGACCUGCUCACGUUACCAUUUGGACUAA